UAACGAUAAAUACACCAUGUUGUCUGUAGCUAUACCAACAAAUUCUAAUCAUGUGAUAUUCAUCCUAGACUCACUUUCAAUUACCUGAAAUAGUGCGGCAAUUUCACUUUGCCGAAGAAAAGAGCUCGAAAACUUUAAAACUGGAACGGUGUCUGAAGUGUGCGCACCUUUAGAGUCACCACAUGGAGAAUGUUUUGAUGGUAGACCGGGAGUACCAGAAUUUAGAAGACCUGCUCAGCUCGGCGGAGGAGGGCAGCGAGCGCAGCUUCAUACUUUCUGACAGAGAGUAUGGGCUGAUCAGAGGUCGCAAAAGUGUCGUACGUUCAUUUGUCAAUUCGAGGUCAAAGUUCAUCAAGGAUAACAAAGAGGAAGCAAACAAAGACAAAAAUAACGAUGAAGUGUGUGAGGUGGAGGAAAAGAACAACGACGAAAGAACUGCUUCUCCGACAAGCGAAGACUAUGACACAGACUUAGAAGACGACGAUGAUGAAGAGGAAAAGUACAAAGAGAGGAGGGAAAAUGUAGACAUAGGUCACGUGUCUUACAUGGACGCUUGUCAACUACUUGGCUCCUCCCCUAUCCGGUUAAUUUUGAAUCAACUCAGGGAGCGCGAGAUCCGACUACAACACAUGGGACUUAAUGCCAAGGACACCGUGGCUCUGGCGUAUGCACUGCUGCACAACAAUCGGGUGGAGAGUCUUGACCUAGAGGACAAUGGAUUGACAGAGGAGGCUAUCGUCCAUAUUGUGGAGGUCCUGCACCAUAACAUCAACAUAGCUAACGUGAGUCUGUCCGAGAAUGUCCUAAAUAAAAGCUGUGCUAUAGUCCUGGGGGAAAUGUUGACGGAAACGACCUUCCUCACACAUCUGAAUUUGUCAGGUUGUCACCUCGGGGAUGUGAAAGUGAAACAGAUAGCCCUUGGCCUUAGGGGUAAUGUGAGUUUGGUUUGGGUUGAUCUUAGUCGUAAUGAGAUAGGAGAGAACGGAGCACACAGCAUUGGCGCAGCCCUAGAAAUAAACGACACACUGGAGGUGUUAAAUCUCAGCUGGAACCACAUCCGUCGCAUGGGCGCAGUGGCGCUUUGUAGAGGACUCCAGAAAAAUUCGUCUAUUGUCAACCUGAACUUAUCGUGGAACGGAUUCGCUUUUGAGGGCAGCAUCGUGCUGGAGGAAGCCAUCAAACUCAACAAGACCAUCCGGGUCCUCGACAUCAGUAACAACCGUAUAAACUGGGAGGGUAUCGUCUACAUCACACGGGGCCUGAAAUUCAACACGUCCUUACAAAUGCUAAAGAUCGGCAAUAACCCGAUAUCGAUGGAGGGCUGUUUGAAACUGUUGAAAUCUGUGAGUGGGUCCAACAGCAGCGUGAUGCACGUGGGUCUGGAGGACAUUCCGAUAAACUCCAAGGUGAUGGCCGUGGUAGACGAGAUCCGUUUCCGCCGCAUGUUUUCAAUCAGUCAUGGUGGCAUACUGGACACCAAGGAUAUUGUCGGUAUCCGCCGGGAGCGCCGUGAGGACCCCUUCACACUCCUUAUCCGUUACCUUGGUGUUAUGGGCAUUCGGGUGGUCGACCUCUUCCGGAUGUUUGACACUGACAGCCAUGCGCAUGUCUCGAAAGAAAGUUUCAUGAGGGGACUUAAGAAAAUCGGUGCUCCUCUCCCGGACCGCGAUAUGAGGAUGGUAGCUCGACGACUGGACAGGAGAGGGGAGGGGUUCAUCAGCUACAGUCUGUUGGCCAAUGGUGUACGGAACCAGAUCCGCCAGGAGAAGAAAGAGGACAAACGUUUGUUGUUAUUGGAGCUGAAGCGGAGGGAGGAACGUAAGCGGAUACUAAGGCUCGGGGUAGGGGAGCCAAAACUACCUCCUAUUUCAGACGUUGCCGUCUUCUCGUCUUCUGCCAAAGAAAACUUCAGUAGGCUGUUCAGUUCUUCUUCCUCUUCGUUGAGUCGGACCAAUCUCCACAGCAGAAGCGGACGUCUACCGAAAAUACAGGGGACCGACACGCCGGUCACCACCUCCCGAAACACCAUUUCCCGGAACACCAUGUCGGAGGGAAAGGUUCUGCCCCCAACUAUCACUCCACGGGCACAGCUGACCUCUAGAACAAACAUUAGUAAUACACAAAUAGACUCCAUCAGCGAGCACACAUCCCGCCCCGUCACACCCGUGACACAAAUCCAGCGUGUUAGUGAGGAACCACCCCCUACUUCUCGGACACAAAAAGAUCAAUCAACUCCAACUCCGCGGACACAAGGAGAUGAAUCCACUCCAACUCCGCGGACACAACGGCAUGAGUUUACUCCAACCACGCCGCCUUAAUAUGGUGUAUGGCUAACAAUUCGUCAUACCUUGGAUUCGGCCGUCCUAUGGUGCACCAUUUCCUACUGCAAUAACGGCCUUUGAGUGGUUGCAGAUUUACCAAUCAUGAUCACAUGCCAACACGUGUGCGAGUAAAUAUUUCCGAAAAUGUGCCAUAUUGUCUUUGACUAAUAUACAGCAGGUGUUUGUGUAAGUUAACAGAAACUUACAUGGAAGUAGGGCAGGGUAUAUUACAUUGUUAUAUAGUUUGGUGUUUACUGAGAACAAUGGAGGCUUCAUUAGCAGUGUAGCAACCAAAGACGCUGCUGGACAGGAAACCAUUUCUUGAUAUAGACAGACUUAACCGGUUAAUUUGUAUACAAUAUUGUUAUGUUAAUAUAAUCACAUGAGGAUAAACAGUGUUCGUUGUUCUUUUUAACACAAAACAAAGUCAUAUAUGACGUACGAGUGUUGGAGGGUCUGAUGUACACUACACACGGCCGUUAUCGUACUGUACAGCUGUGGGUGGAAGUUGUACUACAGAGAUCUGGUUAAUAGUAUUAACAGAAGUAUAGAAUAAGUAUUGACAUUCUUGUUACGGGUGUAAAUUAUCUCACUGAAUGGCAUGUCAAUUUCGAUACGUGUCUCAAUACCAGGUAGAGAUGUUUUCCCUUAAGGCCAUGUCUAUUAUGACACGUGUCUUCUUACCUCGUGUAUAUUAUGUCACAAUGACAUAUCUAUUGUGAGACGUGUCUUCUCACCUCGUGUAAAUUAUGUCACAAAUGACAUCUAUGUCGACACAUCUUCUCUUACCCCAUGUAAAUUAUGUCACAAAUGACAUCUAUGUCGACACAUCUUCUCUCACCUCGUGUAAAUUAUGUCAGAAAUGACAUCUAUGUCGACACAUC